AUGGCCUACAAAGAGGGUAUGUUCCAUCCUGUCAAGCUUGGCGAUCAGCUUGGAGAUGGGAAGUACACUAUCGUGAACAAACUUGGAAACGGUUCCUUCUCGACAGUGUGGCUUGCGCACAACGCCAAGACAGGGAAGAAGGUUGCUGUGAAAAUUUGUAUUCCCAGAAAAAAAGACUUACCGGCUGAGAAUGAGACCGGUAUCUCAAAGCUCCUUCAAGAGGACUCGGCCCAUCCUGGUCAUCGCGUUAUAGGCUGCUACGACGACGUUUUCCUUCACCAUGGACCCAAUGGUACCCACGUAUGUCUCGUCAGCGAGCCGACACGUGCCACGAUAUCGGAGAGCAAGUUCAGAGGAUUCGCGUUCCCUACCAAUAUCGCACGAGCGUUGGCUGCACAAAUGGUGCUUGGAGUAGCUUACAUUCACUCGAAGCAUAUUGUGCAUGGUGGUAAGUUCUCAGUUCCGAGCAGACUACUUGAUUACAUACAUCCAUUGCCAGCGAAUGCGCCCCCAUACAUGCUGUGGAAGAUGUUUCUCACACAGGACUGCGACGACCUAGAGCUAUCGGAAGCACGAGCACAGAUCAAGGAUUUCGGAGAAUCAUGGCGACCAGAGCUAGAGACGCGAUUUGAACUCAACACACCCGAGAAAUAUCGAGCCCCCGAAGCGAUGGUCGGCAAGAAGCUACAACUACCCAUCAGCUAUCCUGCUGAUGUCUGGGCGCUUGGAUGCUUCAUCUUCGAGCUUUACGGUAGGAUGGACAUUUUCGACACAUACAUUCCUGAUUACGAUAGUGUCUUUGCCACAAUGACCCACUGCAUGGGCAAACCCCCGGCAACAUGGUGGGACGCCUGGGAAGAGCGCGAGAAGCACCUCGACGACGAUUGCAACUAUAUCAGAGACGGAAAAGCGGAGAUAAAGGCUGCAGAGCCAGAUACAAUCGAAGCACGGUUGCUGAAACGGAUCCCUGAACAUAGAGGCAUGAACACGAAUCCCGAAGAGAAGUAUAUGAUAUCACAGGAGGAGCUACGGGACCUGGCAGCUAUGCUGCAGCGAAUCUUCCGCUGGGAGCCCAAAGAUAGAGUGACUGCAGAGGAGCUGAUCAGUGAUCCCUGGAUGCAGAAAUGGGGUGUUCCGGCGAAGGAAGCCAUGGAGGAGGCUUACGAGAAGAGGCGCAAGGAGUACGAGAAGCCCCCGGUCUUGUCGAAAUCGGUGGCCGUUGGUUUAGCGGUUAGUGUUUUCGAGAGACUCGUCCGCAUUCUGUCUCCAAUGUCUCCUUCUUCUUGGUGGCAAAAUCUGAAGUGGGCUUUGGGAGAUUGA